AUGGCAGAUCCAACCGAUUUCGUCAACUACAUCUCAUCUUCACCUGACAAUAUUACCGACUUCCUCUUCUCCAACAUCAAUAUCCAAGUCUCGGGCGGCUGUGGUCCUCACCGCACGGAACCUACCCAAUGCUACCACCCAUUCCACCGUCCAUAUCGCUCCGGCGCAGUACGACGCAAGAACAUUCCUAUCGACGCUUGCAUGGCGGCCGCUAUGCCUGACGGCGCGGUCCCAAGAGCAGUGUCCAGUAGCGCCGUCGGCUCCGGACAGGGCAUCGUUUAUGAUCGCGACAUCGUCAGCACGUGGAGGAUUCCAUCAUCGCGAGUCGCACAACAGAUCUUCUUCUGGGAAAAGGCGUUUGAGCAUGCACUCGCGCAAGAGACGAUGUUUGUCGCCAUCGAGGCUUUCACGGAAGAUCUCUGCUCGACCGGUGAUACCAUCGAGAUUGCCUACUUACUACAGACGUUUCGGACAUAUUUGGAAGAUCUGGGCAAGCAACCGCUCACCAUAACCGUCUCUAGUCUUGUUCGAGACAUGGUUGAGAGUUUCCGCAACAGCUAUGGGGAAUCAGAGAUAUCGAAUCGGUCUUGUGAAGGACUGUUCGACGCGCUUGAAGAGUUCGUCCUGACACGGGAAUGCUGGAUUUAUAACGCUGGCACCGCUCCUGCACUGGAAGUAAAAUUCAACGUCCCCCAACAGCCGACUAUUACCACUGGCAUCGACGUGGAAUUGCACUACGGCUGGCACCCUCCCGUGGUCAAUUUCAAGCAUCUCCGGAACACGAUCUGGGAGAGCACCGAACUCGUCCUGCAACCCUGUAUCAGCUCCGUUCGGCCAUUCUGCGACAUGUCCAACGUCGACAUUGAAUACUACAUCGGUCCUUCUACGGAAUCCUUUCGCGGGCAUGUCCCUCGUGCCCUCGCUGGCGCCCUCGGUGCGGAGCGCCAUGAUGUAUAUACCAUGCCGCUGGAACUGACGACGACUCUUGUGAAGCACUUCCCCGAUGCGAUACGAUAUGAGAUUGUCAUUCGCUGUGCGCUGCCGUUGACGGUCAAGCGGCGUCCUGAUCACUGUCAGAGCCCAGCUGCUCCCGACACUGAUCGUGUAGGGCGACAUCUGACGCAACCUGUGAAAGAGAUACCGAUCAAGCGCCCGCGGGAUGAUAGCGCUCCUGGGACCUUGCCAUUUCUCGACUGUCCUCUCCCAGAAGUGUCCGUUAAUGCCAAGCGCGAGCUGACGCCUAUUUCUAUCGAGACUGCCAAUGCCAGCUCUAAAAACUCGGCUUCAAGGUCACCUUGCAGUACCUCAGCCAUUCUGCUCGCCGCAGCUCAGAAUCUAAAGGAGAAUGACGAUUCAAUCAUCGACCUAGACGCGACACACGUCAACCGCCGCAAUGAACUCGAUUCGGCAUCAGAGGCCGGCACACCGUGGGCAUCGCCCGCUGCCGAGCUUUUGACGCUCUCACCUGUCGACCUCGCCAGAACAGGUCAGCUUCUAUCCUCUUCGACCGAUUCAUACACAAAUUAUUCUUCUCUACCUUCUUCGCCAACUCUUUCACGAGGUCGACCCCACGAACGAAGCAAAGCCGGAUCAUCGAACAACUCAUCCCUGUCUAUCGUCGGCCCGUACACUCGAUUGACUUCCAACCUCGAUGCUCUCGACGAAAAACACGACAUCAAAAAACCGGGAAUCCUCCCUCGCCUACGCCGCAGUCUCGGCAAAGUCAUCACCCGUCGCGCGACGAGCGACGCUCUGCGCAUUUCGCGCGUUGCUUCACGUGAAGCCCUCUCUACCCUCGAACCAAAAUCCUAUCAGAACGAGACCAUCGAUUCGUCAUCUGCAGCCACGAGGAGAAAGGUGGACUCCUUGGAUUCACACGUCUCUAGGUACACCGACGACACGGUCCUCGAGAAGAAGUCCUCACGCAGAAAUUUCAGCUCUUUCCGCCUGUUUCGCGCAUCGAGUAUGAAAGCUUCGCUGGGCGAACAAGAAAACGUCGCUCCCGGCUCCGAUCUCAGCAACCACCCUGUCGAUAUUUCCCAGAAUAGGGAUUUCGACGCCCCCGCCUUCCAUCCCGAUGCAGCUCGUGAUCCUCCUCAUCAUCGUCAUCGUCUCUCUUCGCUCGGAGAUAGCGGCCACGGCAGUCCUGCUGCUGUUUCCGAACCCGACGAGGAUGACCACCAUGCCUUGAACAGCGCAGACGAAUUCCAAGAAGAGUGUCACGCCUCCACUUUCUCUCUUCACAUCCUCACCUCCCCUCCAACCCACCAUCACAUCACUUCUCCACCCACAAUUUCACAGGGCACUGAAACUACUUCUACAAUAUCCUCUCCUCACAACAAGAAAAUUCCCGUUUCUCCCACCAUGCCCAGCACCAGCGCCGCCCUCCCACCCCACCCUCCAGUUAUCGUAUCAUCCCCCACCGCGCCUCCGUCUGUUCCUCCCCCUCCUAAAACAACAACAGCUCCUCCUCUCGACCCCGCAACAGCCACGGCCGUGGCCGCGGCCGAUCUCUGGCAAGACGAAAUCCGCGCCAAUUACCGACGAUUCGAAGACGAGAAGCUGAAGCUGAAGCAGGAAACGCCUGACGGUCACGAGGCCACCGCCUCGCCGAUCCCGACUUCGCUGAGGAGCAAGGGGACGAUUUGGCCUUCGUUAGGAUCUUCAUCGUCGUUGUUGUUGUUGGGAAGGGACUGGAGGGAGUGA